CCAGUCAGGAACCAGCUGUGAGCGAGCCGAACGCGAGAGCAUCAUCACGCUAGCGGGAGCGGGAGGGGGAUGCUGUUCUUCCUCCGUGGAUAUCGCAGUCUCUGACGGCCUGGGAUGAAGGAUUACAACAGCAUUGCACAAACAGCACACCCUCGUCUUUACCAAAUUGUCGAAAAACCUAAACGUGGAGAUAGAGCACGAGCUGGGGGCAAACUUGGACUGUUUAUUGUUUGUGCUCUGUUGUCCCGAGCUUCGAACCAUUCUGUUACCAGUGGAAGUGGAGACACGGAUUACUGCAUGAUCUUCUAUCACCAUAGUGGUGAUAAAGUAUGUUAGAAGCAUUUCAGACCUACCCUGAAAGUAUGUCAUCAGUGGCUUUGUUUGGGCUAGUAACAACGAUAUUUGCCUUUCCUCGAUAAUAUUAUGGUUGUAAAUGGUUGCAGCCUUUUUGUUGUGUACGUUAGAAAGAGAUGUCAUCUGCUACAAUUUGCAGGCGCGUGCACACGACUGUUUCGUGUUUAGUCAUCCCGUUGUCGACUUUUAACAGCGCUGGAUAGACUAUUGGACAUUGCUAAACAGUGCACCAUCUAAAGGCAUGAUUAGUUCACCCCGCCAACUGUUUAUUUACCACCUAAAACGAGACAUUUUAUUAUAGUCAAUCCACCUAGAAGUAAGGGAGCCAACUCCUAAGAAUAACGCCGCAAUUCCACAAUGGGUAGGGAUGGAGGAAUUAUGGAUCUAUGCACUUUAACAAAGUUUUUAAUUACUGGACCCCACAAUGUCAGAAGAUGUUUGGUGGCAUUCCUUAUACUUUACUUGGUGCUCUUCACGGAAGCCUCGACGUCGAAAACAUGCGACAAAAACUGCUUCUCUGGGAAAUGUGUCAAUGGUACCUGCGUCUGUGACCAAGGCUGGGUCGGAGACCAAUGUCAACAUUGUCAGGGAAGAUUCAAGCUAACAGAAGCAUCAGGUUUGAUCACAGACGGACCAAUCAACUACAAGUAUAAGACCAAGUGCACCUGGCUGAUCGAGGGCUACCCCAACGCUGUCCUCAGGCUGCGCUUCAACCACUUUGCCACCGAGUGCAGCUGGGACCACCUGUACGUCUACGACGGGGACUCCAUCUACGCUCCCCUCAUCGCUGUGUUUAGUGGUCUGGUGGUCCCGGAGAGAAGAGGGAACGAGAGCGUUCCUGAGGUGGUGGCUUCGUCUGGUUUCGCUCUGCUGUACUUCUUCAGCGAUGCUGCCUACAACCUGACUGGCUUCAACAUCCAGUACUCGAUCAACUCGUGUCCCAACAACUGUUCGGGCCACGGUAAGUGCAGCGUGGCCAACUCCAUCUCCAGCCGUGUGUACUGCGAGUGUGACAAGUACUGGAAGGGGGGAGCCUGUGACAUGCCCUACUGCCGUGACAACUGCGGCAGCCCCGACCAUGGCUACUGUGACCUCACGGGAGAGAAGCUGUGUGUCUGCAACGAUAGCUGGCAAGAUGGAACACACCCUGGGUUUGAUGGCAAAGAGGAGCUGUGCUUUGGACUGUCUGCCAUCUACUGGAGGAGAAUGAAAUAG